AUGUCGAAAAGCGGCUCGCAGGAACAUUCUUUUUCUCCCGAAAACACACCGAACGCUGCACGACCGCAUAUUUUUUUUGCGACACUUGUUUAUCAGCUUGCUAGUAAUUUUCCCAGCAUCCGGGCGGACGUGAGCAAAUCGAUCCGCGACAAUCCUGCUCUCUUAGAUCCCAGCAAGUCUCUCCGCGUUCAGGUGGAGACGCUCUUUCUCCAACCACUCCGUGGGCUUCACCUCAGAUUGCGCGGGUGUCAACCUUUGACUUUUGUUGUUGAUGCCCUUGAUGAGUGCACAUCCGAAUUUGAGCUUGCAGAUCUCAUCCUUUCCCUUGCACGGGUUCUUCGUGAGCCUGAUCUGCCCGCGAUCCACAUCCUUCUUACAAGUCGCUCGGAAUUACAUAUAUGUAGAGCCAUGGAAAAUGAAGAAGUGCGGUCGUUGAUGUGCGAGAUACCAGCGACAAUCUCUGGAAAGGGCAUUGGUAGCAUCGUCUCAUUGGACAGCGCUAACGUCGACAAUGACAUCUAUAUCUUCUUGCGGCAUUCCUUCGGACAACUGGGAAGUCGCCAUCUUGACUUUCCUCAACCAUCGACUGAACAACUUGAGCGACUUGCAAGCCGAGCGGGCAGACGUUUCAUUGUAGCGUCUACGAUGAUGAAGUUUAUCGACAAUGAAGACAAUGAUCCCUACGAUCAGCUGAUGCUGAUGCUCGAGCUAACAAGCGAGCUGCUACCAGGAACAGAGGCGUUCAAAUUCUACGACUGUAUCCUCUCUACGUGUGCCGACCCUAAGCGAGCAUAUCUGCACUUGUCCGUCGUUGCUGCUCUCACAGACCCUCUGCCUCUCUCGCAAAUCUCGACACUGCUUGGCCCUGGUUUGGGCAAGGAUGUCGAGACAACUCUGAUGCAGUUGCGGUCUGUCAUGGAUAUCCCUGCAGACAGCACUCUCCCCGUGAAUAUCUAUCAUUCCUCCAUUCGCGACUAUGUUUCAGAUACCUUAAACUGCAGCCUCCGUCAAGUACACGAUAUGCCAUCACCUCACCGCCUACUCACACAUUCCUCUUUUCGCUUGAUGAUGAAAGGCAUUCCAGAAAACACUGCACUUCUUGAUGCCCUCUCGCAAUUGGAGACGCAGAGCUCCGCUAUGGAACGCGAGAUCCCCCAUGUAUUAAAAUACUCAUUGGCCUUCCUCAUUCAGCCACCGGAGCCACUGUCAGUCCUUAGCGCUAUUUUAUGGCUUCAGGGAGAUCGCAGUUCACAUUCACAAUCUUGGCUAGAGACUGUAGAGGGUCGCAACUGGCUUCAGACCGAUGCAGGGAAAAUGUGGCUGCUGUGGACUGAAGCUGGUAAAGACUGGCUUCAGGAUCAAGAUGACCAGCAGACCUGGGUGCAGACCCCGGGAAAGCAAGCCUGGGUGCAGAUCUCAGGCGGACGAAGCUGGAUGAAGACCUCGAGUGGGCGACACUGGCUUCAGAGCCCGGGUGUAAAAGACUGGCUACAGACUCAAGAUGGGCGACACUGGCUUCAUACCCCGGGCGGGAAAUUUUGGCUCCAUACCAGGGACGGUAGAGAUUGGCUGCAGACCCCAUGGCGAGACUGGCUGCAGACCGCAGGAGGGCUAGAAUGGCUGCGGACACAGGGAGGGAGAGACUGGCUGCAGACCCUGGAAGGGCAAGUUGUCCAGGCGGUACUGGAGGAAUUCUCAAGCACACUGGAAGCAAUCAACGGGCAUAUUAUCUUGCCAGAAAUGCGUUUACUGCCAGCUUUCGAAGUCAUCCAGCAGUUCAAGAACUUGCCGGAUUCUCUGAUGUUUCCAAUGUUCCUGGCGUUAAGACACCAUCAUUCCACCUCUUCAUCACCAAGUCUUUUUCCAAUAGAUGAGGAGAUCAUGUAUGCUAUGUAUGCCUUUACGACAUUCGCAGACGAAGCACUGGAACGGAGUCGAUCAGCCUCCGAGGCUCUCAAGUAUGCUUGUCAAAACUGGGCUGUCCAUCUCCGCAUGAUCCAAAUCCACGAGAUGACAGGCUUGACCACAUAUUUCAAGCUUUUUUGGAAUCGUUACCUCCUUUCCUGGCUCGAACGGCAGUGGUGUUUGAAGGGUCUGUGGUCUUACCUUGUCGUCUUAACUGAAGGGCAAAUAUUUGUUAAGGUUUUAUGA